UUUUGUGCAAACCUUACUGCUGCAUGCUUUACAAGUGUGUCUUACGUUACAGGGUGCAUUUUUAGUGCUAACAUAAUUCAUCUAAGCGUGACAUUACUGGUAUGUGUUGGACAAUCCAGUCAGUUAAAUAGUGCAGCUGAGCCAACACACAGUGUCUGCUCCUUGUAAAGAGCAUUAGAAAAUGUAAGGGAUCUCUACAAGCCAGAACCAUUUUCACUUCAUAUCUGCAGACUAUGAGCUAGGCUGGACAUGGACUUUCCAAAGCAUUCCAUCCUGCAGGCCUUAAGCGUGAUGGUCUUGGCCUGGAUGUUGGUGCAUUGCCAGAUUCCUGUCCAACCAGAAGAAGAGGAGGAAGAGCCAGCAAAGGAAGCUGACAACACCGCAGUUGAACCAAUCGCAUGCCCAUCCGAGUGCAGCUGCUCCACCGAGGGAUCAGUGGACUGUGCAGGACUUGACCUCACAGAGUUCCCAGAAGAAUUGUCUGAAAACACCAAACAGCUUUCUCUGCAGAAUAACAAGAUAAAACAGAUAACAGUGGAGCACAUUUCCCAUCUGCAUCAGCUUGAGACUCUUAACCUUCAGAACAACUGGCUCACCACAGAUGGUCUUGAGGACGAGGGCUUUGAGACACUUGAAAAGUUGGCUUAUUUAUAUUUGGCAAAUAACAAGCUUACUUCUGCUCCAGUGAUCCUUCCUUCUUCUUUAGUUAGUGCCGAUUUCGCUGCUAAUCAGCUCAUAAGGAUCUACCCAUAUACUUUUGGGCAGAAACCAAAACUAAGGUCUGUGUAUCUUCAUAACAACAAACUGACCGAUGCAGGACUUCCUGAUCACAUGUUUAAUGCUUCUGACAACCUGGAGAUUCUCACCAUGUCCAGCAACUUCCUGCGGGUUGUUCCUGGUAACCUGCCCUCCAGUCUUCAUCGCCUUCAUCUAAAGAGUAACAAGUUGGAGAAAAUCCCACCUGGAGUCUUUGACAGUUUACACAACCUCAGAGAAUUGUACCUCCAGAACAAUCUGCUCAGCAAUGAAGGGAUGGACAAUGAGACUUUCAGCCAACUGAGUAGUCUUGAAUAUCUCGAUCUGUCCAACAACAACCUCAGUGUUGUUCCCAAGGGUCUGCCUCGCAACCUUGUGUUACUUCACCUGGAGAAGAAUGACAUUCAACGCAUCCCUGGAGAUGCCCUCACCUCUGUGAGGAAUCUGGAAUACCUGCUCCUACACAAUAAUAAACUCCGUUCUCGUUCUAUUCAUCCAACAGCCUUCCAGGGCUUGAAGAAGUUGCACACUCUCCACUUGUACAAUAACUUGUUGGAACGCGUUCCCAGGGGCUUGCCUCGACGCGCUAAGACACUUAUGCUUCUCCACAACUUUAUUUCUGAGAUUGGUCGAAAUGACUUGGCCUUACUUUACACCCUGACAGAGUUGAAUCUCAGCUACAACAAGCUCACGAGUGCUAAGGUACACCGUGAUGCAUUCAGGAAGCUGCGAAUGCUGGAAACUCUUGACCUGUCUGGGAAUGCCCUCCAGACGGUGCCAGUGGGUCUCCCUCGAAGUCUGCAAGUUCUUGAAAUCAAGAACAAUCAGCUCAGCUCAAUACCAGAUGGAGCCCUGACAGGCAUGGAGAAGCUUCAAAGGUUGAUGCUGAGUGACAACCAAUUAAAACUCAACUCAGUGUACCCAGGAGCCUGGAUGGAACUCAGAGCGCUCACGACACUGGAUCUCUCUGGAAACUGGCUCACACACAUACCAUCUGACUUACCCGAGUCUCUGGAGUACCUUUACCUACAGAGCAAUCGCAUUUCCAGUGUUCCUGCUUCCGCUUUUGAAGGCACGCCAAACAUCAAAGGUAUUUUCCUGAGGUCUAACCGCCUGCCUGAGAGCUCAGUGGAUGAGAGUGCUUUCGCACACCUGGUCAACUUGCAAGUGCUGGACUUUGGUACAGGGAACCCAGAGCUUUGCUGUACGAAAGAGGAAAUGGAGAUUGAUCAGAUGAAGGCGGAGGUGCGAGACACAUAGGACACACACUUAGCCAAACAGACACUGGACUGUAUUUUGCCAAGAACAGAACAUGCUUCAAAGGGACAUGGAAUCUGUGCUGUCACUUAAUUCUGGUGCAGGAUACCGGAUGAAGUGACUUUCAGUUUUAUAGAGUACAUAUCCUCAUACCUGAAAUUGAAUAUGUGCUUUUGAUGCUAAACAUAUAUCACAAAUUAGAUGUCUGUGCUUUGUUUUAAAAUAUACCUUUGUUACAUCCAGUGCUAACGUUUUCAUGCGAAUGUUUCUAAAUCCAAAACAAUGUAUGAAAUGCACAAGAUAUACCAAGUUUCCUUAGUUCUUUGUUUUUCUUGGUCAAUUUGGAGCUUCUUGAACUGCCUUCCACCUUUAAAAUGCAAUUUUGGUUUAAUUACUGUGGACCAGUUGGUGUUUGAAUACCAAACUGGGCUUUCUGCACAGUUUGGAGGAAUUCAUCUGAAUUCUGAACAAAUUGGCUAGCUAAUAGCUAGCAGGGCUACGACCAGUUGGAAUUUGUUGUGAGACAACUUGCAAGUCAACUGUGUGUCAUAUGAAAGCUCAUCGUGAAAAUAAUUUACCACAGAUCGCCUGUACUGACAGUUGUUUCAGCACUUAUUUCUUGUUAUUCAAAUGAUGUAAAACCUCAUAAUAAAUGCAGCUAGACAGGUUCUUUACAUAUAUACUCGUUAACAACAAACUGUGCAUUGAUUUAGCAUGAUGACAUUUGUCAUGCUGCCAUAUGCUUUGAAAUGAAAUAUGUUUAUUGUUAUUAUUAAUUAGAGCAAAUAAGCAUUACCUUCAUUGUUGGACCUUCAAAUUAAUUUUGUUUCUGAGACUUCAGUCUAUUUGUGUUGUUUACAGACAGCCAUGAUUUUAUACAAAUGUUUAUCCUGUUACCAUUGCUGCACUGUUAUAAACACAGUGUCACUUUUCCAUCAUCCAGCCUGCAUUCACUGACAGAAAGCAAUAAAUUAUUUAAAAAAUGCA